GGCAGCGGGGCGGAGCGGGAUUGGGGGCGCCGCCAGCCGGCCGGGUGGGCUGGCCGCGACCCAGGCCCACCGGGAGCCCCGAGAGAUUUAAGCCUCCUUGGCUCCUGAAGAAAAAAAUGGCAGAAACAUCAGCAGAACCUUCUGGGCAGCUUGUUGUACACUCAGACACUCACAGUGACACUGUCCUGGCCAGUUUUGAGGAUCAGAGGAAGAAAGGCUUUCUUUGUGACAUUACUUUAAUCGUGGAGAAUGUGCAUUUCCGGGCCCACAAAGCCUUACUUGCUGCCAGUAGUGAAUAUUUCUCAAUGAUGUUUGCAGAAGAGGGAGAGAUUGGUCAGUCCAUAUAUAUGCUGGAAGGCAUGGUUGCAGACACUUUUAGUCUCCUGCUGGAAUUUAUCUACACUGGUUAUCUCCAUGCCAGUGAGAAAAGUACAGAACAAAUCCUGGCUACUGCUCAGUUCUUAAAAGUCUAUGACUUGGUCAAGGCUUACGCAGACUUCCAGAAUAAUCAUAGCGCCCCAAAGCCAUCAACUUUGAACAGAGCUGGUACUCCAGUAGUUGUUAUUUCUAAUAAGAAAAAUGACCCUCCAAAGCGGAAACGGGGAAGACCAAGAAAGGUCAGUAGUUUACAGGAGGGAAAAUCAGAGCCGGCCGUAGAGGAAGAAAUUCAGCUGAGAGUGAAUAAUUCCGUUCAAAAUAGACAAAACUUUGUGGCUAAAGAAGGAGGCAGUGUUGUACUGAAUGAGCAAAUUGCAGCAAAAGAAAAGGAAGAAUCUGAGCCUGUUUGUGAGCCAGGAAGAGUGGAGGAGGUGCCUGCUGAGAAAGAUGAGAAUCGUGACCCCAAGAACCAGGAUGGGCAGGACAGCCAGAGUCGGUACAGCAAACGGAGGACUCGGAGAUCUGUCAAACUGAAAGAUUAUAAACUUGUUGGGGAUGAAGAUGACCAGGGUUCAGCCAAGAGGAUGUGUGGAAAGAGAAAGCGCCCCAGUGGUCCUGAGGCGCGAUGUAAAGAUUGUGGUAAAGUCUUUAAGUACAAUCACUUUUUAGCAAUCCACCAAAGGAGUCAUACAGGAGAGCGACCCUUCAAAUGUAAUGAGUGUGGAAAAGGCUUUGCUCAGAAGCACUCCCUGCAGGUCCACACCAGGAUGCAUACAGGCGAGCGGCCAUACACCUGCACUGUGUGCAACAAGGCUCUGACCACCAAGCAUUCACUACUGGAGCACAUGAGCCUGCACUCAGGACAGAAGUCUUUUACCUGUGAUCAGUGUGGAAAAUAUUUCAGCCAGAAGAGACAACUAAAGAGCCAUUACCGAGUUCAUACAGGCCACUCAUUACCGGAAUGCAACCACUGCCAUCGCAAAUUCAUGGAUGUGUCUCAGCUAAAGAAACAUCUACGAACACACACAGGUGAGAAGCCAUUUACCUGUGAAAUUUGUGGCAAAUCUUUUACAGCAAAGAGUUCUCUUCAGACCCACAUCAGAAUUCAUCGAGGAGAAAAGCCAUACUCCUGCAGCAUAUGUGGCAAGUCCUUCUCUGACUCCAGUGCCAAGAGGAGACACUGCAUCCUUCAUACAGGCAAAAAGCCUUUCUCCUGUCCUGAGUGUAGCUUACAGUUUGCUCGCCUAGACAAUUUGAAGGCUCACUUGAAAAUUCACAGCAAAGAGAAACAAGCAUCAGAUUCUAGCAGUGUUUCUGGCAGUGGUAAUGCUGAAGAGGUCAGGAAUCUUCUUCAGCUACAGCCAUAUCAGCUCUCUGCCUCAGGAGAACAGGAGAUUCAGCUUCUCGUAACUGAUUCUGUGCAUAACAUCAAUUUCAUGCCUGGUCCUAGCCAGGGAAUCAGCAUCGUGGCUGCUGAGAGUUCCCAGAAUAUGACCGCUGACCAGGCUGCUAAUCUCACCCUGCUCACACAGCAACCAGAGCAACUGCAGAGUUUAAUUCUUUCAGCUCAGCCGGAGCAAACAGAACACAUUCAGAGCCUCAGUAUGAUUGAAAGCCAGAUGGAGCCCUCACAGACAGAACCAGUACAUGUGAUUACACUGUCUAAAGAAACCUUGGAGCAUCUUCACGCCCACCAAGAGCAAACAGAGGAGCUCCGCCUAGCAGCAAGUGCUACAGAUCCUGCACAACACCUACAGCUGACACAGGAGCCUGACCCGCUCCCCACUCACCACGUGGCCCAGCCUACACCACUUGGCCAGGAGCAGAGCUGACCUGGGAACAUGUCUGACUGCUGCACUGGGUCCUUCCAAACCAGCUAUACAUCAGGCUCUCUCUAACAAAGAUGUAAUAUCCAGAGAUAUUUAUAAUAUACUGCUUUGGGGCAGUAAAGUAUGUGUAUGUGUGGUAUGUGUAUAUGCAUGUGUGUGUGCGUGUAUGCACACAUGAAUGUACAUGUGUGGUACAUAAGUGUGUAGAGAGAGAAACAUGUCUUGCCUCUAGGUUUGGAUUUAGCAUUUCAAUACUAAUGAAUGCUUUUCA